AUGUUAGCUUCUAGAUUUACUAGUAAAGUGGAAAACAUAAUCCAAGAUUUAACUGAUAGUCUUAAAAAUAUGAGUUUUAAUUUGGUCCAACAAAAUAACAAAAAGGAAACUUACACUAUUGAAAGCAGUUAUAAUCCAACCAAUCAGAAUCAAGAAAGAAAUAGAAGCAUGGAUCCAACUAUUCAGAUUUUAGAAGAAAAUUCAGAUCAGGACCUCAGAAUUAUAGAAGAAAUCUAUCUAGAAGCCAAGAAAGGUACAAAAGAAAUACUUGAGAUUAUAAUCGAUAUGAUAGAAGCAGAUCUAGAGAUUAUAAUCGAUAUGAUAGAAGCAGGUCUAGAA